UUGUAUUCCUCCUGCAACAAAUCCUUACUUGACUACAACAACGACUAUGGUAACACCAUCACCAAAUACAACAUCAUCAUCACCAAAUACAACAGUAGCAUCACCGAAUACAACAGCAUCAUCACCAAAUGCAACUGCAUCAUUGUUGAAUACAACAGCAUCAUCACCAAAUACAACAGCGUCAUCAUCGCCAAAUAUGACAGCAUCAUCACCGAAUACAACAGCAUCAUCACCAAAUACAACAGCAUCAUCACCAAAUACACUGGCAUCAUCACCAAAUACACCGGCAUCAUCACCAAAUACAACAGCACCAUCACCAAAUACAACAGCAGCAUCAUCGAAUACAACAGCACCACCUUUUACAGUGGUACCUCCACCAUUGCAUUGGACAGCACCACCUUUUACAGCAGUACCUCCACCAUUGCAUUUGACAGCACCACCUUCGACGGUGACAGUAGCAACACUGGAUACAACAGCAGCACCAUCAACCAUGACACCUCCACCAUCAAAUACAACAGCAGCACCCUCGUCAGCAAUAGCUGCAACAUCAAAUACAACAAAGACCAAACCUGCACGAAAGACGAACGAAUAAACCUCAUAAGUACCCACAAGCAUACAAAAUAAAAUAUAAAUUACCUAGGUACUCUUUUAAAAUAAAUUGUAGACUAGUUUUUUUCUAACCUCUAACACAGCCAUUGGCAUUUUUUCUCUGUAUAAUCAUUAAUCAUAAGCCUAUUUUAAAAAUUAAUGAGGAUUUAUAAUUUGGUAGCAUCAUCACCUUACACCCCUUAACCCUAUUUCCAUUUCUUAAUCCACAAAAAAAAAAAAUAAGAACAUUAAUUUGUACCCUUGAAAAAACAAGGUGGGAAUCAAUUUGACCAUUUUCUUUGCUUUUGGAAUCCCUGGGAGUAUAAGAACGUGAUACAAUUAGUAGAUAUUACUGGAUAGCUGAUAGGCCCAACACUUGACAGGCAUACCAACAAGCUUGAGAAGCCAAACUGGCAUGUUGACAGACAACUAUGAGGGAGUAGACAGGCUAGUUGAUGGCUUUAAUAAUCCAGACAGACAGAUCAAUAACCUGGAGAGAUCAGACAGGAAGACAGCUGACAUUGGGAGGCCAUAUUGACAGAUCAAUGAUUUCAUCAGGCCAAACAGGUAGACAGAUGGCCUUGAGAAGGCAGACAAAUGACCAGGUCAAUGACCUUAGAAGGACAUACAGGGUGGCGGGCAAACUUGAGAAGCUGGCCAGUGAGGUCAAUGACAUUAGGAGGCCAGACAGGGAGCAAGACGACCUCGAGAAGCUAGACUGAUAGGUCAAUCACCGUAGGAGGCAAGGAGAAAAAGAAUACAGCGUUCAGUAAUCAGACAGAUGGGUCAAUGGAUAUGAGUACUUCUGCAGUACCAAGGAGCAUUAAGAAUGAUAACUAUGUAGCUCUUCAUUUUGAAGAAUCUGCAGUUUUGAGAUAUUUGUUGAGGAAGUUCUGACCCAAAUAGGUGCAGCAUAGGUUAGUGAUGAACAAAGUAUGGUGGAGUAGAGAAUUGUGGUACUCACGUGAAGUUGAGAUAUUCAAUCUGGUAGGGGAUAAAGGGUACUUAAUUCUGUGUAGGUUGUUCUCAAUUUGUAGGUAUAGAAUGUAUUUCAAUAGGUGAGUCAAGUAUCAAGUAGGACACCAACCAAGGUAUUUUACUAGUUCUUGAGUGUGUUUCUACAGCCCUAUGGACAAUAAAUAUACCUAAGUUUUAGUCUCGCUUUUCAGCUAUUAUGCUCAUGUUUUUUUCAAGUCCGCUGUUACCCCAUUCUUCCUGUAACCAGUUUUGUUGAAGCAGAUCAGGUCUUUUACUGCAUCCGCAUUGCGUUUAUGCCAUUUCACACUCUAGGGGGGGAGGGUGUCUUUCAGAAUAAAAUUCCACACUGCGUUGACAUGAUUACUCUGGGCAUAAAUGCAUCAAAAAAAGCGGUCCGAUUUUUACGUUGUAGUGGGGACUAUGGAAUCGAAGUUACCCACUAGUGCUGGGAACUUUACACCCAAGUAUAGUGUAGAUUACACUGAAAGCUCAGCGCUCUCUGGUGGUUUAGUUCACCAGAGGCUUUACUGUAAUUGCAUUUUAAUUGGCCACUGUGCAGUCUUUACUACUUUCUAUAGGCGAAUGGAUGUACAUAUCACGCUGAAUCCACAGCUCUUGGUAAAGAUGCUCAGCAGAAAGAUACAUGUUAUCAUAUUCUAUCAUAAUAGACAUUUGGUAUUGUGUGCACAACUUAUCCUAAUAAACCAUCACACCAA